AUGGCCUCGGCAGGCCGCAAAACGCACUACGAACCGCCGUGGGGCAACGCGAGCAUUAUUGGUGUAGCUGGUAGUUCUGGAUCUGGAAAAACUUCUCUGGCACUGGCGAUAGUGGCAUCUUUGAACUUGCCAUGGGUUGUCAUCCUGUCUAUGGAUUCGUUCUACAAGCCUCUGACGCCAGAGCAAUCUGCAGCGGCUUUCCGGAACGAAUUCGACUUUGAUUCGCCCGACGCUAUAGAUUUCGACAUCCUGGUCGAGCGCUUGAAGGACAUCAAGAGUGGCAAGGUGGCUGAAGUGCCUAUAUACUCUUUCCAAAAGCACGCCCGCCUUUCCAAAACGACCACGAUCUACUCGCCGCACGUCAUAAUUCUAGAAGGCAUAUUUGCUUUGCAUGACCAACGCGUGCUCGACCUCCUGGAUCUCAAGAUAUUUGCGGAAGCCGACGCUGACCUGUGUCUCUCGAGACGUCUCGUACGGGAUGUGAAAGAACGCGGACGCGACAUCGAAGGAUGCAUCAAACAAUGGUUCGCUUUCGUAAAGCCAAACUUCUACAAAUAUGUUGCGCCGCAAAGGGAGAUUGGUGAUCUCAUCAUUCCGAGAGGUAUUGAGAACAAGGUCGCAAUCACCAUGGUGAGCAAUCAGGUUCGACAGACGCUAGAAAGCAAGAGCAUACAGCAUCAGACGGAGCUGAAACGUCUGGGCAAGAUCGCGGAAGAUAGCCCAUUGAGCGAUAAUGCUAUCGUACUGCAACAAACGAACCAAAUCAAGGGAAUGCACACCCUGUUACUCAACCCGACCACGUCGAGAGAAGACUUUAUCUUCUACUUCGAUCGCAUGGUUGCGCUUUUGGUCGAGAAAGCUGCGGAUUUCUUGCCUUUUGAAUCACACAAGAUUACUACGCCCCAGGACUACACGUACCAGGGACUCAAGAAGGCUGCGGAAAUCAGCGCAGUAACUGCAGGACCGGGAGAGUAUUGA